CGUUUAAAUGGUAGAAGCAACCGAAUUAAGCAAAGAUUAUAAGUAGAAAACAGAGUGACAUUAUAACACAUACAUAACAUAACAUAACCUCUCUCACUCUUUUCCAAAUUGAUACACAUAAAAGGCCAAACCCAAUAUAGAGAGAUAUUUAUUUAUAUUAUGGAAGGAUUAAGAGGACUUGGUCAUUUAUUUGUGACAAUGUUUAUAGCAGGUGUUGGAGGAUUUAUAGCUAUUCCUUCAAUAACAGAUGUAACAAUGUCUGCACUAUGUCCUGGUCAAGAUGAAUGCUCUCUUGCCAUUUACCUCACUGGUUUUCAACAUGCUAUGAUUGGAGUUGGGUCAGUGGUUACGACACCAUUAAUUGGAAAUUUGUCUGAUCGCUACGGUAGGAAAGUCUUGAUCACACUUCCUCUCACCGUCUCUCUCAUUCCUCAAGCAAUAUUGGCAUAUAGCAGGGAAACAAAAUUCUUCUAUGCAUACUAUUUGGUGAAAACUCUUGCUGCCCUUGCAGGCGAAGGCAGCCUCCAUUGCUUAGCUCUUGCAUAUGUGGCAGACAAAGUUCCAGUUGGAAAACGAGCAUCAGCAUUCGGAAUACUUGCUGGUGUUGGAUCAGCAUCGUUUGUUGGUGGAACAUUAGCUGCUAGAUUCUUAUCCACGGCUUUGACAUUUCAGGUUGCUUCAGUGUUCUCAAUGAUAGCAUUGGUGUACAUGAGAAUUUUCCUCAAGGAAAGUGAACCUAUGAGGCAGCCAUUGUUGAAAGAGGCAGAUGAACCAUGCAUUCAACAGUGUGAGGAUGAUAUGCCUCAAAGAACAUUUAAGAAACUGCCUUCAAUGGGGGAUGUAAUUUGUUUGCUCAAGUGUAGCCCUACAUUCUCACAAGCAGCAAUUGUUUUGCUCUUCAAUAGUCUUGCUGAUGGCGGCUUGAUGUCUAUUUUGAUGUAUUAUUUGAAGGCACGUUUUCAAUACAACAAGAAUCAGUUUGCCGAUUUGAUGAUGAUUUCCGGGAUUGGAGCUACUCUGACACAACUAUUCCUCAUGCCCAUAUUAGUACCUGCUGUAGGAGAGGAGAAGUUGCUCACAACAGGUCUCUUUGUUUCCUGCAUAAGUAUCCUCGUGCACAGCAUAGCAUGGUCAGCAUGGGUUCCUUAUGCUCUAGCAGGUUUCUCAGUUUUAGGAGUUCUAGUGCGCCCAACUAUAACCAGCAUUGCAUCCAAACAAGUUGGACCUAACGAACAGGGAAUGCUUCAAGGAUGUCUCUCAGGAGUCACUUCUGUCGCCAACAUAAUUUCUCCGCUAGUUUUCAGUCCACUGACAGCCUUAUUCCUGUCAGAAGAUGCACCAUUUAAUUUUCCUGGAUUCAGCCUAAUGUGCCUUGGGCUAAUACUGAUGACAGCAUUUUUCCUUAGUCUAAUGAUUCGCGCUCCUCCUCCUAUUGUGGGUGACAAAGUUAGUAAAAACUGCUGCACAGAAACCUUGGUCUGAGGUGGGAGAUAAGUCUGCUUCCUAUUUGUGUGCAAAAGCAACAAACAUUAUCUUUCAUUCAUCAUUUCGCCUCAGCAAAAAUGUUGUACAUAUCCUAGAAUGAAUGCUUUGACACGUGGAGACCAAGAACACUCAAUGGUGAAUUACAGGAACAUGAUUCAGUUAAGUUAGUUUUGAAAAUAGUAAUUAGGUAAACCAACUGGUGUAGAGCACAGAAUUUCCCUGCAAUUAUGAAGAGGGAAUGUGGUAUGUAUUUAUGAGCCACAGUAUCUCAUCAGUUGUGUUUUAAAUCAUUGCAAUAUUAUUUAUUGUAUUCAAACAGCCUUGCAUAUGUUGUUCAUAUUUUUAGCUGUUAUAAUUUUUUUCCGGAGUUAUCCUCUGCUAGAGGGACCCGUUUGGAACACAGGUUUCCAUACAUAAAUUAGUGAAGGACUGUGUAAUAUUUAGUAUGUUUUAUGUUAUGGAUGAUUGAUUUCAAGCA